ACCACCGUGAUUCCAAGGUCAUGAUCAAAGGCGGGCUCCAGAGCCUCACCAUCAGCAGCAGUGUGGACACCAGCCAGAAGCCCAACACGCUGAAGCAGAAGAACGGCUUCCCGCCCAACUUCAUCCACUCGCUGGACUCCUCGCACAUGAUCCUCACGGCCCUGCACUGCUACAGGAAGGGCCUGACCUUCGUCUCGGUGCACGACUGCUUCUGGACGCACGCCGCCGACGUUGCGGUCAUGAACCAGGUCUGCCGCGAGCAGUUCGUCCGUCUGCACAGCCAGCCCAUUCUCCAAAACCUGUCCAGGUUCCUGAUCAAGCGGUUCUGCUCCGACCCCAGGACCUCCAAGAGCAUGUGGGUCUCCAGGCUGAUGGACACGCUGCUGUCUGUGCCCAAGGCAGGGACCUUCAACCUAGAGCAGGUGAAGCGCUCCACGUACUUCUUCAGCUGAUGGCCAGUGCUGCCUCGCUGUACCUUAGUGUGAAUAAAGGUCUGUCACCA